AUGGUCCAUGAAAAUCCUAAAACCAUUCUAAUCGAUCAAGAUACUAUAAGGGCUAAGGCUAUUUCCUUGGUUAUGCCAGAAACUUUUCAUGGAUUGUGCACUUGGCAUAUAAGACAGAACGCUUUAAGGCACAUAAAUCAUCUAUAUCAAAAGAGUUCACAUUUUGGUUUAGAUUUUGAAGCAUGCAUAAAUUUACAUGAAGAGGAAGGUGAAUUUUUGAAUGCAUGA